AUGGCGAACAACAAAGCAAUAACAUCUGUUCAAACCAAUACACAAGCUAAUACUAAACACGUCGCAAACUUUUCCAUGGAUGCAGUUGCAAAUCGACGUAUGAACAUGCAAAGAAUGCAAAAUGUCCUCCUGAUUUGGCUUGACAAUAAUAUUAACGAAAAUAAUGCUGAUUGUAGUAAUACAAUCAAACAAUUGAAACGUGUAGUUAACAAUGUAAAUACAUUUACAGAUGGAGAGCAGUGUGUUGAAUUUAUUCAAACGAUUAAUAACAACAAAGUAUGCAUGAUUGUUUCUGGUUCACUUGGACAACAUAUUGUGCCUCAUGUACAUGAGAUGUCCCAAGUAGACACCAUUUUUAUUUUUUGUAGCAAUCAAGAAUGGCAUAAACAAUGGGCGAAAGAAUGGCCUAAAAUAAAAGGAGUCUUUACAGAUAUAACAUCAAUCUGUGAAGCUCUUCAACAAGCUUCUCACCAAUGUGAGCAAAAUGCCAUUUCGAUUAGUUUUGUGGCAUCAAACAAGAAAUUGGAUCAGUUAGAUCCAUCGUUUAUGUAUUCUCAGAUCUUGAAAGAGAUCUUAUUAACCAUCAACUUCGAAGACAAACAUUUCAAAGAAUUUAUUACAUAUUGUUGUGAAGUAUAUGAAGAUGAUGAAGAUGAACUUAAAAAUGUUAAUCAACUGAAAACAACGUACAAAAACAAGGUACCCAUAUGGUGGUAUACAUGGGAUGUAUUUUUAUAUCGUAUGCUCAAUCAAGCGCUAAGAUUAAUGGAUGGUGAUAUCAUUGUUCGAAUGGGUUUCUUUAUUAAUGAUCUACAUAGUAAUAUUCAACGACUUCAUUCAGAACAAUUUGAUGGUCAUCAAUCAAGUACAACAUUUACAGUUUAUCGUGGACAAGGUCUUUCAAAAGCAGAUUUCACCGAAAUGACAAAUACUAAAGGUGGACUUCUUUCAUUCAAUAACUUUUUAUCAACUAGUAAAAGUCGCAAUAUUUCUCUCAAAUUUGCACAACAAGCUGCUACAAAUCCUGAUCUUGUUGGAGUUCUAUUUAUUAUGUCUAUUAAUCCUACUCAUUCAACAACACCAUUUGCUUCUGUUGGUGAUGUUAGUUAUUUUCAUACAGAAGAUGAAGUUCUCUUCUCCAUGCAUACCAUUUUUCGUAUUGAGGAUAUUCAACCAAUGGAUGGAAAUAAUCAUCUCCGUACAGUAAAUUUAAUAUUGACCAAUGACAACGACCAAGAACUUCGUACUCUUACUGAUCAGAUUCGGAAAGAGACCUUUCCAGAUGUAGAAGGAUGGUACAGAUUAGGUCAAUUGCUAAUUAAAAUGGGUCAGUCUAAUAAGGCUGAAGAAGUUUAUGAAACUUUACUUCUUCAAACAACGAAUGAAAAUGACAAGGCACCUAUUUAUUACCAACUAGGUCAGAUUAAAUAUAAUCAAGGAGAAUAUCCAGAGGCACUUAUCUAUUAUGAAAAACCACUUGCUAUCGAUCAAAAAAUACUUUCUUCCAAUCAUCCUAAUUUGGCUAGCUCCUACAUGGGUAUCGCUAGCGUGUAUUACAGUAUGACUGAUUAUCCAAAAGCAUUUUCGUAUUAUGAAAAAGCCCUUGCAAUUCAACAACAGUCACUUCUUUCCAAUCAUCCUGAUUUGGCUAUGUCCUAUAACAACAUCGGUAUUGUGUAUAGAAAAAUAAGUGAUUAUCCAAAAGCACUUUCUUAUUAUGAAAAAGCUCAUGCAAUUCGACAACAAUUACUUCCUUCCACUCAUCCUGAUUUGGGUGCUUCCUAUCACAACAUCGGUUUGGUGUAUGAGAAUAUGGGUGAAUAUUCAAAAGCUCAUUCAUUUUGUGAACGUGCUGUACAAAUUGGACAACAAUCAUUACCAACAAAUCAUCCGAAUCUUGAACAAUGGAGAAAAAACCUCGAACGCAUAAUAACGAAAUUAUAA